AUGGACGAGGAGGACUACUCUGAGAGUUCUGGUGAAUCCUCUGACGAAGACGAAUUGUUGCUUAGAGCGGAGCUUCGUGAACAGGAGCAUCGAGCUCUUAUUGAGUUAGAAAUUGCAGAGAAUGCGCCAGUGGCAUUUUGUGUGCGCACAAACGUGGAAUUUGAUGGCCUACUUAACGGCUUAGACGCCCCCAUCCCCACGAAGGUGGUCAGUUUUUGUGCGAAGGAAUUCCUGCAAAUCAAACGCCGUUUUGAUCAGAACUGGUGGAUCGGUAGGGUAGUGCGCGAGGACGCAUCCUUUGGGUUUCUUCCAAGCACCUCUAAGUUGGAGGCUUUGCGCCAUUCAAUGCAGGCAAAUCUCUCCCAAUUGCUGCUCUCUGAGGCUCUAACUGCUGCCGCCUCGAAUGGCCCAGGGAACACCAUGGGCGGAACGAGUGCCUUCGCGUCAGGCAAGGUAACAGGUCUUGGAGUGUCGCUGCCGGAUAUGGAGUCCGAGAAAACACCGACACAAGCCGUUUCGAACCUGACGACCACUCUCCCGUCUGCUUCCAAGAAAAAAACAUUCUUUCGAAAGGGGUUCACUGGACCACCAUAUGAACUUGUCCCGAAUGUCCGUCCCGUAGUCGUGGUUGGCCCCGCACUCAAGGGCUACGAAGUAACCGACAUGAUGCAAAAGGCUCUUUUCGAUUCCCUUAAGAAGUCCUUCGAAGAGCGAAUCGUGGUAACCCGCGUAACUAGCGAUAUCUCCGCUUGGAAGAGGCUUAGUGUGUUGAUUAAUAUGGACAAGAAAGCACUCAAAGAUCGCACACGUGGUCGUCAAAUUAUUACAGCCCUUGAGGUUCAACGUGAAAUCGAGCGAAUUUUCGACCUCGCUACUAAUAUGCAAUUAGUAGUUAUCGACAGUGACACCAUUAACCAUCCACAUCAGAUUGCGAAAUCUUGUCUUGCUCCAAUAAUGGUCUACAUUAAGAUCUCUAGCAUCCGUGUGCUACAGCGUCUUAUCAAAAAUCGGGGGAAAUCACAAAAGAAGCAAACCAAUUCACAAAUCGCUGCAGCCGAAAAGUUACUUCAGUGCGCAGAGGAGAGCUUCGACGUCGUUUUGGAGCAGAACAAUUUGGAGGGAGCAACGGAAGCCUUGUCGAACUAUCUGGAGUCCUACUUAAAGGCCAUUCACUAUAACGGGGACAAAGCCAAGGCGGAGCGUCAGCCUCCUCCCCACUUUAACUUAAGGCCAAACGAAUCGAGGGCUGUGCCCCCCAUGAUUCCAGGACGACCUGGUCUUAACAUUGCUUUUUCAGUAGCCGGCUCGGCAGGUUUUCAGCUACAGGAGAUGUCCGUUCUCGCGGGCGACCGACAUGCUGGCCACACUGGAACCGAAGGUGGUGGUGUGGGUGAAGAUGGUGCGGAGGAAGGAAAGGAGAAGAAAGACGACGACCACGAGGAAGGAGGAGGAGAUGUGUGUGACGGAGAAGAACACAAGGAGGCAGUUGGCCACGCGACUGAAAAGACUGACAAAACAACCAAGAGUGAGAUGGUUUCGACCACGAAAAUGUCAGAUUUACCGACAAAGGGACACAAGGCUGAUGGGAAGAAAGAGGGGGGUAUUCUCAAACGCGGCCCAGGGAAGAAGUCCAAGCACACCCUCGCAAACAUCAUCCCUGAUCGGGCCCACGCGAUUGCCCUGGCCGAGGCCGUGGUGAAGAAUGCCAAUGCGGCGGCGGCUGCAGCCACGAGGCUGGACGUGCCCGACGGUGCGACAAUCGGACUGCACCAGUCCCGCCAGGCAGCUCACAUUUAUGCUAGUCGCUCUUCGAGACAAGCAAAGCAACGCCAAGAGGAGUUGGAGGCUGCCCGCAAGCAGUCCGAAGAGGCUGCUCGAGCGGCAGCCGAGGCCAGAGCUGCCAGUGGGGCCCAGCGCCAGGAGAAGCGACGACGACAGCGCCUACUUGCUGAACAGGUCGCUGCGAAUCAUGCUGGAGUCAAGUUCGGCGAAGCCAGGAGCCACGGCGGUGACAGGGGUCCUGUGCUCGGGCGCAGCCUUCGAGGUCACAUGCCUCCGGAUGACGAGUCACAGAGUGCGCCAGGCAGCAAUCUACGCAGAAACACCUCCAGUGUUGCCACCACCACAUCCUCUGGAAGGGUGGCAAGACUGAACCAACCCAUCCCACUCAUCAUUCACCCCACCUCCGAGACUUGA